AUGCUAUCCUGCCGCCCCCGUCAUGUCAGGAGCCCCAACAUCAACAUCAACCGAGACCCACGCUGGGGCCGCAACCAGGAAGUGCCCUCCGAGGACCCGCUCCUCAACGGCGAGUUUGGCAAACUGUACACGAUGGGUCUGCAGCAAGGCGAGGACAGCCGCUACACCAAAGUUGUUGUCACGCUCAAGCACUGGGACGCAUACAGUCUUGAGGACAGUGAUGGCUUCACCCGCCACAACUUUGACGCAAAAGUCUCAAACUUUGCUCUGAUGGACACGUACUGGCCGGCUUUCAGGAAGGCUGUCAUGGAAGGAAACGCCAAAGGCGUCAUGUGCAGCUACAACGCCCUCAACGGCCGCCCCACGUGUACACAUCCGCUGCUGACAAAAGUUCUGCGCGACAUUUGGAAGUUUGACGGGUACGUGACCUCGGACACGGGCGCUAUUGAAGACAUCUAUGCAAAGCACCACUACACGGCCAACGCGAGCGCUGCUGUUGCUGCUGCUCUUCGCGAUGGCCGGUGCGAUAUGGACAGUGGCGCCGUCUACCAUGACGCUCUCCUCGACGCUGUCAACAGCGGCGAAUGCAGCAUGGACGACGUGGACAGGGCGCUCUACAACACGCUGAAGCUGCGGUUUGAACUUGGGCUGUUUGAUCCCAUUGAGGACCAGCCCUACUGGCGCAUCAACGCGUCCUCCAUCAACACAACAUAUGCACAAGACCUCAACAUGAAGAUCACCCUCGAGUCCAUGAUCCUCCUUCAAAACCACAACAACGCCCUCCCAUUCAAGAAAGGCCGCAAGGUUGCUGUGAUUGGACCCCACAUCAAUGCACAGGAGGCGCUCGUUGGAAACUACCUUGGGCAGCUGUGCCCGGACGACUCAUUUGAUUGCAUCACGUCUCCCCUCGCCGCGAUUGAAGCCAUCAAUGGCAUGAGCAACACCGUCUCAGCAAUGGGCAGUGGCGUGCUUGCAUGCACGGAUGCGUCCAUUCAGGAGGCCGUCAAUGUCGCAAAGGAUGCCGACUACGUGGUUCUGCUCAUUGGCAUCAACGACACAAUUGAGGCAGAGAGCAACGACAGAACAAGCAUUGACCUUCCGCAGUGCCAGCACAAGCUGACGGCAGCCAUUGCGCACCUCAACAAAACUACUGCUGCUGUUCUCAUCAACGGUGGAAUGCUUGCAAUCGAACAGGAGAAGAAGCAACUCCCAGCAAUCAUCGAAGCGGGUUACCCCGGUUUCUAUGGCGGCGCCGCCAUUGCCAAAACCAUCUUCGGAGACAACAAUCACCUCGGUGGGAAGCUGCCCUACACCGUGUACCCUGCAGACUACAUCCACAAGAUUAACAUGUCUGACAUGGAGAUGACGAACAGUCCAGGCCGCUCGUACCGCUACUACACCGGGCAGCCCCUCUGGCCAUUUGGGUUUGGCCUGGCGUACACGACGUUCAGUGUUCAGAGCCCUGGGCCAAGCGCAUCCACCUUUGCCACCGGCAGCAACACAUCCUUCUCUCUGCCCGUGCAUGUUGUCAACACAGGCAAGCGGACAGGCGACACAGUUGUGCAGGUGUACAUGGCACCCGUCUCACUCCCACACCGCAGUUUCUCGCUGAAGAAGCAGCUGAUUGCCUUUGAGCGCGUGCACCUCACACCGAACCAGCGUUUGGGCGUCACCAUCCCGCUCUCCGCCGAUGUGUUCAACAUGGUUGACCCUGUCACAGGCAACGUCGUGUCCACGCCUGGCUCGUACCGCCUCGUGGUCUCCGACGGCGUUGCGCCUACUCUCCGCUUCUCCGUCUCUCUUCACGGGGACGAAGUCGUUGUCGAAAAGUUCCCGUCUGUCUGAACACACACGCGCGCGCACGCAACUCCCCGUGUGUGUGUGUGUGUGUGUGUG